AGUGAGUUAGUUAAGUUUCAUACAUGAGCUGGAUCCACUCUCCCUUCUCUGACCCACUUUUCAUUUUUAUAAUCCUUUUUUUCACUCUUCUAACACGAAUUUACUCUCAAAAUUUAGUCAGUAACACAGCAAUUUGUAUACAUAUAUUUUAAAUUUUGUAUUCUUAAUAAUCCAAAAAUCAGUUCAUACCCUUUUCUCCACCUCUUACAUGUCUCAACUGGGUUCUGUUCUGUUUUGUUUUUGAUUCCAAGUUCAGUUCAAACAUGUGAAAUUUGGUUGGUUUUUUAUGAACUGUUUGACUGUUUUGAGAUCUUUGUUUUUUGAAAUUUAAGGUAUGAAUCUAAGUAACGGUAAAGGAUCGAUGUCAACGGUUAGUUCUAGUGCUGUUUGGAAAACUACUGAGGUUGUUCCCGAUCAAUUUCCGGCCGGGCUUCGAGUUCUUGUCGUUGAUGAUGACCCGACUUGUCUUAUGAUCUUGGAGAAGAUGUUAAGAACUUGUCUUUAUGAAGUUACGAAAUGCAACCGAGCCGAGAUUGCGUUGUCGUUGCUCCGGGAGAACAAAAACGGGUACGACAUUGUUAUCAGCGAUGUUCACAUGCCGGAUAUGGAUGGAUUUAAGCUUCUUGAAUAUAUUGGACUAGAGAUGGAUCUGCCUGUUAUCAUGAUGUCGGCGGAUGACGGUAAAAGUGUAGUUAUGAAGGGGGUAACGCAUGGUGCGUGUGAUUAUCUGAUUAAACCGGUACGCAUUGAAGCAUUGAGAAAUAUCUGGCAGCAUGUGGUAAGGAAGAAACGAAAUGAAUGGAAAGAUAUUGAGCAGUCAGGAAGCGUAGAAGAAGGAGAUAGGCAGCCAAAGCAAUCGGAAGAUGCUGAUUACUCGUCUUCAGCAAACGAAGGAAAUUGGAGAAACUCGAAGAAGAGAAAAGAUGACGAAGAAGAAGUAGACGAUAGGGAUGAUACGUCUGCGUUGAAGAAGCCGCGGGUGGUGUGGUCAGUUGAGCUUCAUCAACAAUUUGUCGCAGCUGUUAAUCAACUAGGCAUUGACAAAGCUGUUCCAAAGAAAAUUCUGGAAUUGAUGAAUGUGCCUGGUCUCACGAGAGAAAAUGUUGCCAGCCAUCUUCAGGUAUGGACAAAUAUAAAUAAAUAUCGCUUAUAUCUUAGAAGAUUGAGUGGAGUUCCUCAACACCAAAACAAUUUGGGCAAUGCUUUCAUUACACCACAAGAAGCGGCAACAUAUGGUACGCUGUCAUCCUUCAAUGGACUUGACCUUCAAACUCUUGCAGCAACCGGUCAGCUUCCAGCACAAAGCCUCGCCACACUCCAAGCAGCGGGACUCGGCAGAUCAGCUGUAAAAUCAAGAAUACCUAUGCCCAUUGUUGAUCAAAGAAAUCUUUUUAGUUUUGAAAAUCCGAAAUUGAGAUAUGGGGAGGGGCAACAACAACAACAAUUGAGCAGCAGUAAGCAAAUCAAUUUACUUCAUGGAAUUCCGACAACCAUGGAGCCAAAACAACUAGCAAAUUUGCACCAUUCUGCACAAUCUAUUGGGAGCAUGAAUAUGCAAGUUAAUUCGCAAGGAGGUCAGAGUAGUAGUUCGUUAUUGAUGCAGAUGUCUCAAUCGCAAUCUAGAGGGCAGAUGCUAAAUGAAGCCUCAAGCAGCCAUGCGAAUGCAAUUGGCGGAGGGGUUUUGGCAAGACAUAGUUUAUCUGAGAAUGGUAGAGGUUCGGGGUACAGUACAGUUUCACAAUCAUCUUCCAUGAUGAAUUUCCCGUUGAACAGCGCCGUUGAAUUAGCGGGUAAUAGUUUUCCGAUAGGUAACAAUCCCGGAAUGUCGAGUCUGACAUCUAAGGGCACAUUUCAGGAAGAGGUUAACUCAGAAAUAAAAGGAUCAGCAGGUUUCAUGCCAAGUUAUGAUAUUUUUGCUGAUCUAAAUCAACAUAAAUCUCAUGAAUGGGAACUGCAAAAUGUAGGCAUGACAUUCAAUGCCUCUCAGCAAAACAACCUUGACGUUGAUUCAUCCGUUUUAUCUCACCAAGGGUUUUCGACUAGCCAAAGGACCGGACUGAACAGGAAUAUAUCUGCUCUGGGAAAACCCGUCUUUUCUGCCGGGGAUGCAGCUAAUCAUGUGAAUUCACAAAAUGGUGGACAACAACACCUCAACGCUUUUUUCGUUGAGAAUCCAGUAAGGAUCAAAUCCGAGACAAUUUCUGAUGCACACGGCCAAACAAAUUUCUUUCCUGAACAGUUUGGUCAGGAAGACCUCAUGAGUGCUCUUCUCAAACAACAGCAGGGAAGUGCAGGACCCGCCGAAAACGAUUUCGACUUCGAUGGGUAUCCCUUGGAUAAUAUUCCCGUGUAGAAGCUAUCUCAGAUAUUAUGGCAGAUUUGAUGUAUAUACCUGCUGUUAAAUUUGAUUGCAUCUUCUACAAGCAACCAGAGAUAAGAAGUUCAAAUUAGGGUUCUUGAGGAGACAAGAUAUCUUGAUUCCCAAGGCUGUAUGUUUUGUGCAUAUAUUUCUUGUUCAGCUGGUUUAAUCUGGACAUAAGGUAGGACGAGUCGGAAAGUCGAGAUCGAUAUACGGUUCGAAGGUAUAUGCGAAGCUCGUAUGGCAUGUUGGACAUGCAAGAUUUUGACUGCAUUUUCUUGGAAAAUCUACCACUAAUUUUAGGGUGCUUGUGGAGCUGUUGAUUGGUAGAUAUACGCAAAGUAUUAGGAGCUUUUUCUAACUGCAAUAACAAAUUAAGUUUUAUGUUAAAUUUUUUUGUCUGGUUUUAAUUUAUUUGAUUGAAGGAAUUGACAUUGUUGUAUAUAUUCCAUUUGAUUGCUUUGGACACAAGUCUGGGUGAUUGUUAAUGGAUGUUCCUUGUACUUAGUUUUGAAGAGGGUAAUUUUCUUUGUUCUGUUUCUCUA